GGAUAGAAACUAAUAUGGCGUUAACGUAACAAAAUACCCUAAAAAUCCUCAGUUUGACAUAGUCAUGAUUUUUGAACUAGUAGAUUCCGCAACUUAAAAAUUACAUUUUCAAAUUUUACACGUCGAAAAUUACAAGAUUUUAAAUAAAGAAAGUCUAUAAUUUUUAGACCACUAAAGUGAAAUUCAACCCAAAAUCAAAUUCCACUUGAAAAAUUAAUUUAGUAUUAAUUAAUUUAUAUAUAAGCUAAGGAAAAAUUAAUUUCUUUGAAUAUCUAGUAAUAAUAUAAAACAAUAGUGUGUACUUAUUUAACACUGACGUUUGCAAUCUCUUUAUGGUUUUUACUACAAGUUUUCGAUCUUUCUUUUCUAUGAUCAAUGAAAUAAAAGUAUUUUGUUUGUAAAAUGUGCAUGGUACUAUCACAACAUUAUUUAAAAACGUAGAAUUAAAAUUAUAUAAAAAUGACACUUCUUCUGAGGCUUUCAGCAUGGAAAAAUCUAAUAAAAAGAUCAUUUUCACCAAGGAAUCAGAUAAUAACAAUAUCAAAGUUCGAUAUUCAUACGUCGGAAUAUUCUUUUCAUGGUGAAUAUGAAAUGCAAGACCCAAAAUCAGAAGCUGAUAUUGUUAAUGUUACUUUUAUUGAUAAAAUGGGAAAAAGAAUACCUAUAAAAGGGAAAGUGGGAGAUAAUGUACUAUAUUUAGCACAUAGAUAUGGAAUUGAAAUGGAAGGUGCUUGCGAAGCAUCUCUUGCUUGUACCACUUGUCACAUAUAUGUACAUCAUGAUUACAUGGAUAAACUCCCAACAGCUGAAGAAAAAGAGGAGGAUUUAUUAGAUUUAGCUCCAUUUUUAAAAGAAAAUUCUAGAUUAGGUUGUCAAAUUAUAUUAACGAAAGAAUUAGAUGGUAUAGAAUUAGAACUGCCUCAAGCAACAAGAAAUUUCUAUGUAGAUGGCCACACACCAGCUCCACAUUAAUAAAUUUUUUCCUUUGUAUUUAGCUUAAUAUGUACAUAUUUUAUUCAUUCAAUUAGUAUAAUUGUAAAUUUAUAUAUCAUUAUAUAUAAAAUGUAAGUUUAAUAUAAAUUGAAUAUUAUGUAACACAUAAGUUAUUUCUUUCUUUUUUUUUUUUUUUUUUUCUUAUUUUAGUGAUCAGUGAUUAAUGAAAACAUAUUUUCAGAAUGUACUUCAUAAAUGUAUUUCAUAAACUUUUAGAACAACAAACUUGAUUUAUAUGACAUUUUGUCAUGAUACAAUAUAUUUAUUUCUUAUACAUUUGGAUUAUGAUACAUAUUUUUAAUUACAAUGAUACAAGAUUUAAACAUUUAUGAUAUAAUGAAUCUGUAAAUUAAAAUUGUAUUUGUUAA